UUGUCUUUAGUAGCAGGCUGUGAUGCAAUAACCGAAGUUGUCGUUUCUGUGUCCUGGAUUCUAGAUCUCUUUUGUGGUGUUGGUUUUCUGCGACAUGCACGUGCAUUCUGGCACCGACGCAUGCGCAAACGCGCGUGGACAACAAAAUAGGGGCGGAGCCCAGGGAGAGUGGGCGGUUUGCAAACAAUGUCCAGAACUGUCGUUCCACUACCUGGCGAAUAUGUGUGGUACGAUCCAGCACAGAACGGAGAAUUCGACAUUCCUGUCGGUGCACAAGUAAAGACGGUUACAACGGACGGUAUCGUGUUUAGAACAGAAGAGGGCGAGGAUGUAUCUCUUCCAAUUAUUGAUGUUGAGACGAGGUUGAAAUCGAUGCAUCAGAACAGCGUCGAAGGAGUGGACGACAUGAUCGAUCUUCAUGAUGUACAUGAGGCUGGGAUAAUACGUAACUUGAGGGUUCGCUUUGUGAGAGAUGAGAUCUACACCUACACCGGUACCAUCCUGGUAGCAAUGAAUCCCAACAAACGAAUGUCAAUCUACGGCAUGGAUCACGUCCGAAAGUAUCGCGACGCGAAGCUCCGCGACCAUCCUCCACACAUUUACGCCACUGCCAAUGUUGCCCACUCAAAGAUGGUGAAGAGCCAAUCAAAUCAAUGCAUAAUCACAAGUGGAGAGAGUGGAGCAGGAAAAACAGAGUCCACAAAACUAAUACUGCAGUUCCUUGCGGCUCAAAGCGGCCAGCAUUCUUGGAUUGAACAGCAGAUUCUAGAUGCAAACCCAAUACUAGAAGCGUUUGGAAAUUCUAAGACUGUGCGUAACUACAAUUCGAGCAGAUUCGGCAAAUACAUCGACAUCCAUUUCGAUGAGUUCGGUGCAAUCCAAGGUGCCAGGAUCGAGCAGUAUCUGUUGGAAAAGUCGCGUGUCGUCUCUCAGAAUGAAAACGAGCUGAACUACCACAUUUUCUAUUGUAUGCUGGCUGGACUGAGAGAGGAAGAUCUGACGGCAUUGCGAUUAGUUCGUCAAGUAGAAGAGUAUGUAUAUCUAACAGAGGGCAGUUGUCCGCCUCUAGCAUCUCUGCACACUCAGGAAGAGUGGCAAGGAAUAUGUAGAGCUAUGAAAGUCUUGAUGUUCAAAGAAGAUGAGAUGGAGAGUAUUAUGAAGCUACUUGCCGCCAUUCUGCACAUUGGGAACUUGCGUUUUCGAGCUCUUGAAAUUAGAGGUCUCGAUGCCUCUGAGAUCAUCAGUCACGAUACGUGCACCGUCGCAGCCAGCCUACUUGAGGUUGACGAAGCUGGUCUGAAACAAUGGUUUACCUACAGAUCAACGUCUGCUCACAAAGACACAAGCGUGUCUCCACUAAGCAUGAAACAAGCAGAAGACGUACGCGAUGCCUUUGCCAAGGGCCUCUAUUCUCGACUCUUUCAGUGGAUCACUGAUAAGAUAAAUUGGAGCAUUUAUCGACCAGAAAAACUGCGUUUGAAGAGUGACAAGCGACUGUCACUGGGAGUGCUUGACAUUUUUGGCUUCGAAAAUUCCGAUCUGGGGAACUAUUUUGAGCAAAUGUGUGUCAACUACACUAACGAGAAACUGCAUCAGUUCUUUCUACGCCACAUUUUCGCAUUGGAACAGUCAGAGUAUGAGACAGAAAAGAUAAACUGGUCUCGAAUACAAUUUGUUGACAACCAGAUUGUGCUUGACUUGUUGGCCAUGAGACCAAUGAAUAUUCUAGCACUCGUUGAUGAAGAGAGUCGCUUCCCGAAAGGAAGCGACACGUCUUUGCUGGAAAAACUAAGCAAAACUCACGGCCAACAUUCAUACUUUAUUUGUCCUCGUCCAAAUAGCUCAAAAUUUGGCAUCCAGCAUUUUGCCGGGCCUGUCACGUAUGACUCAACAGGUUUUCUGGAAAAGAAUAGGGAUACCUUCAGUAAGGACUUGAUUCGUCUACUGAAUUUGAGCCAAUCGCGAUUUUUGCAGAAGCUCUUUGAAGAAGACCUAAGGGGCAUGACGUUAAAAAAACCACCAACGCUGGCAACACAGUUCAAGCAGUCACUGGCAGAAUUGAUGACCAUCCUCAGUAGUUGUGAGCCAUUCUUUGUCCGCUGCAUCAAACCCAACAUUUUGCAAAAGCCCAUGUUAUUUGAUCGGAAAUUGUGUCUCCAGCAGUUGCGGUACUCGGGAAUGAUGGAGACGGUAAAGAUUCGUAUUCUUGGUUAUCCGAUUCGAUUGCCUUUCCGUCAUUUUAUUGAUCGGUACCGCAUCUUGCUUCCCGACCUGGUGGCCAAGUCACAGGGCACGGACUCGUAUACACUGGCUUGCAAGAUGGGACGAGUGCUGCUAGGAGACAAGGACUGGCAGGCUGGACGAACAAAAAUGUUCAUCAAGGAGACAGAAAAUGUGAUGCUAGAAAGAGCUAGAGCUCUCAUAAUCGAGACGAGCGCGGUGAAAAUUCAAAAGGCAGUCCGCUUCUGGAUCUUCAAGCGAUACCUGGCAAGAGUUCGGGCGGCAAUCAUCGUCUUACAGAGAAAAUGGAGAUCAUUACUAACGAGAAAACGCUACAUAAAGAUGAAGAUCGGAUUUCGACGUCUUCAAGCCAUCGUCCGUCAACGGCGUCAGCGCAAACGGUAUUUGAGCAUUCGGAGAAAACUAAUCGCAGUGCAGUCUCGUUCGCGAGGGUUUCUAGUGAGAAGAGAGAUCAAUAUGAGACAUGAGGCCGCUAUUCGGAUACAGUGUCUAGUUAGACAGUGUCUGGCCAGAAAAACGUAUCACCGUCUGUGCGCUGAGGCUGGUAUAGAAAGAGAAAGGCUACUCAGGGAGCAGAGACUGAAGAGAGAACAAGAGGAGAGAGAAGCCGCUGAAAGAGCUCGCCGUGAACUAGAACUGCUAGCUGAACAAGCCGCAGUAGAAGAACGGAGGAAGAAAGAGGCAGAGGAAAAGGAGCUUCAGAAACGAGAAGACGAAAAGCGGCAACGUGAAGAAGAGGAACGUGCAGUAAGACAACGCGAAGAGGAGGAGGAAAAAGCGCUCAAAGAAGAAACGAAUCGUCAGAGAGUAGCAGAAAGAAACUACUCUACUGCCUUCAUAGGAGAAGAAAAGGCGUUUGGGUUUGCAACACCUCAACUACAGAAGCGUGUUGUAGAUGCUCUUCUUGCUGGAAGCUCUACUCUCUUUUCGCCUUUGCCUGGAGCCCUGGAGGCAUCGCUAAACCUGUCACCAGUAGAGGGACUCACUUUGGACGUCAACGAAACCGAAGACGAAACCGAAGAAUUGGAAGUCGCAGUAAAACCUAGCAAGGAAGAGGAGAAAAUGAAAUACAAAUUCAGUAAGUUCAUGGCAACCUACUUCCAGCAUCCGUCGACGUGUAACGGCUUUGUACGGAAGCCACCACCGCGAAGCCUUCUCUACAUAAGAGACGAAACGCAGAAAAAGGCUGCUUCACACCUCUACGUCUGCAUCAUGCAGCUUAUGGGCGACCGCCCAGAAUCAAAGAGAAGACCACAACAAGAAACAGAGGCUGCUACAAUACUUGGCCAGAUCCGAUUUCAUCAGUUAAGAGGGACGCAGUUCUUGUUGCCAGCUUAUCAGCUCAGUCAACUGGACAAACUUCACUAUAUCGUUGGUUAUGGCAUCUUAUAUCCCACCUUGAGAGACGAAAUAUACAGUAUCAUCUGCAAACAGCUCAUUAACAACUCGAAUCCUUCAAGCAAGGCACUGGGUUGGAUUAUUAUGUGUCUUUGCCUCGGUUGUUUUCUUCCUUCCUCUCGAUUGUCUCCGUAUCUCGUUAACUUCAUCCGCUCGGGACCGCGUGGCUACGCUCCAUUCUGCGAGGAACGUAUGAAGCGAACGCAGGAGAAAGGAAAUCGCUACUGGCCUCCCAGCUUUGUAGAACUGCAGGCUGCCAAAUCAGGAGAACUGUGCAAAGUUCCCGUCUCUCUCAUGGACGGUCACGUCAAAUCCGUCUUAAUCGACCCCGCCACAACGGCUGGCGAGCUGUGCAAAUUAAUUGCCGACAAACUCAACCUGAACGACACAUUUGGGUUCUCAAUCUACUGUUCAGCAUUCGGAAAGGUUUACAACUUGGGUUGCACGCAUUACCACAUCAUGGACGCCAUAUCUCCUUGUGAACAAUUCGCACGACUACAAGAAGCAGGGAGCAUCGAAACACAGCUGCAGCGGCAUCCGUGGAAACUGCUACUCUGCAAGGAAAUUUUCGUACCGUGGCACGACACGGCCACCGAUCCGGUAGCAACCGACCUCAUAUACCACCAAGUCAUUCGAGGCCUCAAAUCAGGAGAAUACCCCUGCGAAAAUCAGGAAGAGCUGGCCGGAAUACUAGCUUACCAGUACUACAUACAACACGGAACAGGCCUCACUACCAAACGUCUGCACGGCAGUAUCGACGAUUUUCUGCCGACGACCGCUCUGAACGAGAUGCCUGUCAAGAAAUGGGCUGGCAUGGUCAAAACCAAACAUUCGAAGGCAACGUACGUUCACAAAAAGAUUCCUUCAGCGGAUGUGAAAAAGGAGUUGGUGGCGUUUGCACGGUCUAGAUGGCGUCUCAAGUUUUCUCGGAUUUACCCGGUUCAAGAGCAAAGCGGUCCGGCCAGCCAGAGCAGAGAAAACAUUCGUUUGGCCAUCAAUGCCGACGGUGUGUCACUUGUACGGCAAGACCAGUCGGUCAUAGUUGAGUGCGCCUACCAAGAAAUCGUUCGAGUUGAGCGCAGUCAUAAGGGUACGCCUCGUAAUGAGUUCGUUGUGGUUUCAUUGAGUAAAGGUGAAUGGCAAUUCCGGUCACCUCAAGCAUCCGAAAUAUGCCAACUGGUCAAUAAUUUCCUGGACGGUCUCAGUGACCGUUCACGAUACGGGAUAGCACUUAGAGAUACCAUAGAGAGUGAACGAGCACUCAAAGUCACCAAGGGUGAUCUCAUCAUACUCGAGAAACCGUUUCUCGACGUCCAGUCGCAGCGCUGGUUGAGAUGUAGCUGUGCAAGAACCAGAGAACAAGGAGAGUUCCCCAUCGACAGCAUCUACGUGCUAGCCACCGUAGACAAACCAGAUAAACAGACAACUGCAUUAUUUGCCAAACUACCGUCAGAAACGGCACAGAAUCUUUUGUUAGAGGCCCAAAGGAAGACUUCGAGCGGUGGCUUCCAAAGGAAAGUGACACGAAAAAUGGGUCAACAGGAAGUAUCGAAACCCAUAACGGUGGCCAUGCUGCACACAUUGGAGGAAUUCUCUCGAGAGCACUUUUAUAUAGAAAUCCACAAGAAGACAAAAAGCAAAGCAAGUAAAAUGAUGAGGCCAGUAUGGAUGUAUUCCAAGGAACCAAUCAAAACUCCACUGAUGAAAUCUCUUGUCAAGAAAGACGGCCGGCCAACAGAGGUAGGACUGAAGGCAGUCGAGAUGUUCCUUGUUAUUCUUCAAUUCUGUGGAGACUACCCAACAAGGAAGGCCGCAGAAGGCACAGAACUGACAGACGACCUAUUUUUGUCGCCCAUCAAAUAUGAGGAACUUCACGAUGAAACUUACUGCCAGCUGGUGAAACAGUUGACACACAACGAAAACAAGAACAGUGAAACGAGGGCAUGGGAACUCAUGUGGCUCUGCACGGGUCUCUUUCCAUGCAGCAAAACGCUUUGGCAAGAAAUCGGCAUAUUCUUUCUUUCCCACGUCCAGCAUUCACCGGUCGCUAGAGAAUGCCAACGAAGGCUGAACGCAACAGUAAAGUCGGGAGAAAGCAGACAGUACCCGCCACAUUUGGUGGAGGUCUUAGCCAUUCAGAUUGGAAACACACGCUGCUAUCAUAAAAUCAGCUUUCCCAAUGGAAGCCAGAAGACUGCAUUCACUGGUUCACGAACAAAAGUUCGCGAAAUGGUGAAAUGCAUAACAUCAGAUCUCAAGGUACAGCAGCCUCAGUGCUUCGACGUUGUGAUGCAGCUCGGCGACGACGCACAUGCGAUACCCGGCAACCCAUUCUUGCUCGACUAUCUCCGUCAGUUUGCUGCUGAGCAAGAAGGAAAGGUUGAAGGGUCAGUCGACUCUGCAUAUCAACUUGUCAUGGUCAAGAAACUCUGGUUUUCGACCCGUAUUGGAAAGGAGCCACUAGUCGACCAGUUAUUUCACUUUCAUCAGGAGCUUCCAAAGUACCUCCAAGGGUAUCACAAAUGCUCAAUUACUCAGUGCCCCAAAAUCGCAGCACUUCUCUACUUGAUCAACUACGGCCGCUCGAUGACAGUCUUUUCUGCAUUCGAGACUGCUCUCACACAGCUUGUUCCCACAACGUUCAUCGCUCAAAUGAAGAUCAUUGAUUGGAAAAAACAUAUUCGAGAAGAAUUCGGCAAAUUGCCAGCGACCAUGACCAAAGCACAGGCACAGACCGAGUUUCUCCGCUCGAUCGCACAGUUCCGGACCUUCGGAUCGGCCUUCUUUCCUGUUCAACAAUCUCUUCUUCGACAAAUGCCUUCACUUGUCAUUGUGGCAAUCAAUGCCAAAGGUGUUCAUCUAUUAGCGCCGGACACGAAGGAUCUGCUGAAAUCGAUUCCCUAUCCGGACAUAAUGAAUUGGAGCAGCGGUAACAACUAUUUCCACUUCAGUACGGGUGACAUGACCCGAAGCGGUGCGGGCUUUCAGUUUCUCUGUGAAACAACACUCGGUCCCAAGAUGGAUGACCUUAUAUCCAACUACGUAACAGUACAAAAGAAUACGGGUCACGAUACAAAGCGGGGCCGGAAAUCGAACCAAAAACAAGAGCAAAGUACGUGGACCAACUAGACAUGAAUCACGAAUCGUA